CGGAUUAAUCACGGAUUGAACAAGUUGUGUAAGGCUUUUGUCAUAAAGGCCGGUGUAUAGCGUCAGGCAGAUGCUGCAUGUCACGGGGAUGAAGCGCCUAAGUUAUGGUUGAGUGCUUCUGUCCAGUACCUUGUAAGCUGUUACGCAAGAUAUCCCUCGCUCAGGUUCUUCUAACAAGAAGAUGUGCAUCAUUGCAAUCAAAAACCCAUUACCAAAUACUUGGAAUAAAGCAGACCGCAGAUGGCAGAGAGAUAAAGGCUGCUUAUAUAGCCCAGUGCAAAAAGUAUCAUCCAGAUCUUAAUCCAGGGGACUCGCAAUCCCAGCAGAAGUUUGUCCGCCUUCAAGAAGCCUACCUGGUGCUGAAUGACCCCAAGGAAAGAGCUCGCUAUAACAGACAGAUCUACAUGGCAUACCCCAAAUCAAAGCAAUGGAACUCCGUUCAUCAUAAACAGGAAACCACUGAUUACAAUUACUGGCAGCGUCAGGGUACAGAACAGGGCAAGUAUGGACAGUGGUCAAGUCAGGCCAGACAACAGGAGGAUUUGUAUGGUCAGUGGGCCAGACAGAGAAGGAAACCAGAGAAGGAUGAUUGGAUCAAACAACAUAGAAACAGCACCAACCACGGAGAUAGAAAGGACUACCCUCAUCAUCAUCACGCCUUCAAUCAUCAAAAACUCAACAACAUGCUCGGACCUUUUGCUUUUCUUGUGGAUGCUUUCAUUGAACAUAAACAAUCGUCGGAGGCGACUUUUCAGGACAUUUUCUUAGUAUUUACCUUGAUUAAUGUUUUCACGUUUUUUAUGUGUUUAUCAGGAAUUUACAUGUUGAAAGAGAUUACAUACAUAACAAAAAAGUGACAGAAGACAGUAGAUGACAAUGAACACCCUGACACUGACAGAAGACAGUAGAUAACAAUGAACACCCUGACACUGACAGGAAGACAGUAGAUGACAAUGAACACCCUGACACCCGGCACUGACAGGAGACAGUAGCUGAUAAUGAACACCCUGACACUGACAGGAGACAGUAGAUGACAAUGAACACCCCGGCACUGACAGAAGACAGUAGAUAACAAUGAACACCCUGACACUGACAGAAGACAGUAGAUGACAAUGAACACCCUGACACUGACAGAAGACAGUAGAUGACAAUGAACACCCUGACACUGACAGUAGCUGACAAUGAACACCCUGACACUGACAGUAGCUGACAAUGAACACCCUGACACUGACAGGAGACAGUAGAUGACAAUGAACACCCAGACAUGUAGAUGACAAUGAACACCCUGACACCCGGCACUGACAGGAGACAGUAGCUGACAAUGAACACCCUGACACUGACAGGAGACAGUAGAUGACAAUGAACACCCAGACACUGACAGAAGACAGUAGAUGACAAUGAACACCCUGACACUGACAGGAGACAGUAGAUGACAAUGAACACCCUGACACCCGGCACUGACAGAAGACAGUAGAUGACAAUGAACACCCUGACACUGACAGGAGACAGUAGCUGACAAUGAACACCCUGACACUGACAGGAGACAGUAGAUGACAAUGAACACCCUGACACUGACAGGAGACAGUAGCUGACAAUGGACACCCUGACACUGACAGG